AUGUCGUUCCCUCCUCCGCUCAACCGCCAGCCGCUGAGCAUCCCCCAGCUGCCCCCCGGCCUCCCUCCGCCCCAAUUCGGCACCUUCGGUCCGCCCGUCCCACCAGGUACUCCCAUGAUACCAGUUCACAUGGGUGUCGUGACCCCCUCUCCCUCAGUUCUUGUCCCAACCACAGUUUCUGUUGCACAGAAGCCGAUGCUCUCAAACAAGGUCCCUUUCCGAGCCAAGGAACCCGAGGACGGCCCCACCACCACAGUGUUUGUGGGCAACAUCUCCGAGAAGGCGUCCGACAUGCUUGUCAGACAGUUGCUGGCGAAAUGUGGUAUUGUUCUAAGCUGGAAACGAGUCCAAGGUGCCUUAGGAAAACUUCAAGCAUUUGGCUUCUGUGAGUAUAAGGAACCCGAAUCAACAUUGCGAGCCCUACGAAUGCUCCAUGAGCUGAUGCUCGGUGACAAGAAACUGCUGGUCAAGGUGGACACAAAGACCAAGGCGCAGCUGGAUGAGUGGAAAGCCAAAAAAAAGAGCGCCAAUGGCGGGGAAAGCAGCGACGGUAAGAACGAGGAGGAGGAUGAGGUUCUGGACGAAGAGACGCUGCGUCGCGAUCAGGCGGCGAAGGGAGCCAUCGAAGUCCUCAUCCGGGAAUAUUCCAGCGAGCUCAAUGCAAACUCUGCAGACGGCAACGGAAACCUCCGCAAGAAAAGGAAAGACAAGAAAGAUGAGGACGACAUCAACGCCAUGGAGUUAGAAGACGACAAGAGGGACUUGAUUUCCAGAGAGAUCAGCAAAUUUCGUGACACACACAUGAAAUUGGAGGAAGAGAAAGGCAAGAAAGAGAAGGAGCGGCAGGAGCUGGAAAAGGAGAGGCGCGAGAAGGACAAGGAGCGAGAGCGUGAGAGGGAGCGUCGUGACAGGGAGAAAGAGAAAGAACGUGAACGGGACCGAGAACGGGACCGUGACAGGGAGCGGGAACGUGAACGUGAGCGCGACCGGGAACGAGAACGCGAAAGGACGAGAGAGCGCGAGAGAGAGAAGAGUCGAGACAUCAGCGAAGCCCGCAGCCGCUCCAGAGAGAGGACCAGAGAUGACAAAAAACGCGACCGUGAUGAAGAUGAUGAGGACAUGUACGAGCGCAAAAAACUGGAGCGGAGACUCCGAGAUAAGGAGGCAGCCUACCAAGAGCGACUGAAAUAUUGGGAAAUGCGGGAGAGGAAGAAAUCUCGCGACUACAGCAAGGAAAUGGAACGGGAGGAAGAGCGGAGCCGCGAGACUAUGAAAGAAGCGAAAAGACUAAAAGAAUUUCUUGAGGACUAUGACGACGACCGGGAUGAUCCCAAAUACUACAGGGGCAGUGCCCUGCAGAAGCGACUCCGUGACCGGGAAAAGGAGACUGAGAUGGACGAGCGGGACCGUAAACGGGAAAAGGAAGAACUAGAGGAAAUCCGACAGAGGCUGCUGGCUGAGGGUCACCCUGACCCGGAUGCUGAAAUGCAAAGGAUGGAGGAAGAGGCAGAGCGCAGACGGAAACAUCCUCCAAAGCUGGAAGCUGAGAAACGGGAGAUGGAACAACAACAACAACAACAGCAGCAGCAGCAGCAGCAACCUCAACUACAGCAACAGCAUCAUGUCACCCACAAUGGUGGGGAUUCGCCUGAGGCUAGGCUGCACCUCAAAGCCCACAUGCGACCAAUCAACACCGCUCCCUCUGUGUCCUCUGCCAGCGGGAAUGCCACGCCUAACACGCCUGGCAACGACUCCCCGCGCGGCAUCAUCAUUCCAGGCGAGCCAACGCCUGAGGUGCAGCCUCUCGAGGAGAACCGGCCCAAGAUCGAGCUCAGUCUCAAGCUUGGUUCCACUAACAGCCCCAGCCAGCUCCACGCCGCCAAGCGCAAAAAGUUGGCGCCCGUCGACAGCGUCUUCAACAAGUUCAACGAUGAUGAGGAGGCUGAUGAACAGCCUCGCAAGAGGAAGUUAGUACCGCUGGACUACGGCGAUGACGAAAAGAGUUUGGGACUGGACGGCGCAGACAUGUCGGGCGGCAAAAGCGGCAUCAACACCGAGGAGAAGCGCAAGAACAUCCGAAGCCUGAUCGAGAAGAUUCCCACUGCCCGGCCCGAGCUUUUCACGUACCCGUUGGACUGGUCCAUGGUGGAUUCGACGCUGAUGGACCGCCGCAUUAAACCGUGGAUAAACAAGAAAAUCAUUGAAUACAUUGGCGAGGAGGAAGCAACGCUGGUUGACUUCGUCUGUUCAAAGGUGAUGGCGCACAGCACUCCUCAGGGUAUUCUCGAUGACGUCGCCAUGGUUCUCGAUGAGGAAGCAGAAGUGUUCAUAGUCAAAAUGUGGCGAUUGUUAAUAUAUGAAACAGAAGCCAAGAAGAUCGGACUGGCCAAAUAA